AUGUCUUUGGCUGGUUAUUUCUUUGGUAAUGUGGAUGAACAAGGUCGUCUUGAGAGUGAUUUAGAUGAUGAUCUCAAAGAAACCCUUUCCAGUGUCGAUGCGAAUGUAUUCACCCGCAUUUUCAGCAACGAAGAUACGUUUGGCUUGGAAAAAGCACGCAGAAAGCAACCUGGAGAUGGAGACAGCGAUGAAGAAGAUGACGACGAUGAAGACACGUCUGCACGCAUUCCAGUGGUUCCAACUGUGCACGCAAAAGACGCAGUGGAUUAUUCAGACUUUGACGACGCAGUGCCUGAUGAUCUAUCUGAAAAGUAUUAUCGCCGUGGCAUGGGUAUGGUGCAAAAGAGUCUGCCAAAGUCAAGAUUGGCUCUGGUUACAGACAAUUAUGAUGACAGCGAGGAGGAGGAGGAGGAAGAAGAGAAUGAAGCAGCCGCCAAACCAUCAACCACUUUACAACAGCCUGCAACGGCAACAUCCGCAGACACAACACAGAGUAUGCCUUUGACAGACACAGCAGUAUCCACCUUGGUCAAAGGAGAUGAUAAAUUAUCCAAAGACAUCGACAUUAAGCAGCUGUAUCCUGGUUUUGAAAGAGACCAGAUUCUCAAGUUCUCUGAAUUGUUCAUGGCCAAGAUCAAAAGACCGCCCAAACUUGUGCCUCACAAAAGAGUGGUUUACGGCGAUGGAUACGAAUAUGAAGUGGAGAGGGAUGAGCGGGCAGCGUUCCUGAGAGCCAGCAAGCUUGAUCGCUUUAGAAUUGAGCAAGCAAAACAGCCUGUCAAAAAACGACGACUAGAAGUAUCGCACGAAGAUAGUGCCAGUAGCAGUAAUGAGAGUGAGGAUGACGAGUACAUGGAGGAGCUGGCAGAGCGAGGAUAUACUACGGAACCGCCCAAAGAGAUUUUGGAGAGUGAGAAGCUGUAUCAUUCCAUCAUGUUGGAUACCUGGGAAGACGAAAUUAUCUGGGACGACAAGGAUGAGAGCCAAGACCAGCAAUUGAUUGACAGGGUGUCUGCUGACAAGGAGCAAGGAAAUGAUAAAGUUACUGUCAAGCACCUCAACAUGCAACUGGAAGAAGGAGACUGGCUUGACGCUAUUAUCUGGGAUAAAGAGAAGCCAUCGCCAGCCACCAUGAAGAUUUCACUCGAUCUCAAUGAUCCCAACAUGCUGUUUGAUGUAGAAGAAGUAGAAGCUACCAAAGAACUACUGAUUCAGCCCAAACAUGUCAAAAAGGGCCGCAAACCGCUUCCCAAGCCAUUACCCAAAAUCCAAAUAUACCACACAGAUACAGAGCCUCACAACAAAUUGCCACUCAAUCGUUUCAAUCUAUCCAACGACAAGCACUACGAAUCUCAUUUGGCUGGUCGUUUGAUCCGUGUGCGACAGACCUUUGGUCAAUUGGUGGUGCAACAUGCGCUCCCUGCUCUCAAAUUGCAUCCUCAGUUGUACAAAACCAAGCUAUCAAAGCAAGAGCUGAGAUCCUUCCACAGACCCUUGAUGCAGAUACCUCCCAACACAGAUAUUCACUUUUCUCGCAUGAAAGCGAGCAAAAAGAAGAAGAAGGACAAGAAGAAGGGCCAUGUGGACGAUAUUCGCAGCACCAAGGAUUUGACGCUCAAGGACAGCUCUCAGUUUGUGCUGAUGGAGUAUUCUGAAGAGCACCCGCCUAUCAUAUCCAACAUCGGUAUGGGUACACUAAUCAUCAACUAUUACAGAAAGACGGAGCCCAAGGAUGAGUUUGUGCCCAACGCUGAUAUUGGCGAGCCCUUUGUGCUGGAUAUUGGAGAUACCUCUCCCUUCAUGACAUUUGGCAACGUGGAACCAGGCCAAACCAUUUCUGUGUACUAUAACAAUCUGAUCCGUGCUCCCUUGUUCCGUCAUGAUGUAAGACACACUGACUUUUUGCUGCUCAAGAGCACCUACAAGGAUCAUACAAAGUACUAUCUGCGUGAGAUUCCUGCCAUCUUCACAAUUGGUCAAUCUUAUCCUGUGCAAGAAGUACCUGGCCCUCACUCUCGCAAGGUCACCACCACCAUCAAAAACCGUCUGCAAGUGGUCGCUUACCGUUUGAUCAAGCGCAAUGUGCUUCAUCGCCUCAAGAUGGGUAAACUGGCUCAAAAGUUCCCCGAAUACUCUGAUAUCCAAAUACGUCAAAGACUCAAGGAGUUUCUCGAGUUCCAUCGUCGCAGUAAAGAUGGAGGAGGCGGUUACUGGAAGACACGCGGAGGAGGGGACCCACCCACGGAAGAGGAUCUGCGCAAAAUGGUGACCCCUGAGAUGGUCUGUCUGUAUGAAAGCAUGUUGGUCGGUGAGCGCCAUUUGCAGGACUUGGGUUAUGGCGAUGUCAAUGAUGAUGACGAGACUGGAGAAGGUGACUCCAAGCUGGAAGUGGAGCAGCAGUUGGCGCCUUGGUUCUCGACUCGCAACUUUAUCAAUGCAACUCAGGGCAAAGCAAUGCUCAAGUUAUAUGGUGCAGGUGAUCCUACAGGCCGUGGCGAGGGCUUCAGUUUCAUUCGUGUCUCCAUGAAAGAUAUCUUUUUGCGUGCUGGUGAAUCAGCAGAAGAAAAGCUGGCUCAGAUUGAAGCAAGACCCAAGAGUGCGCAUCGAUACAAUGUAGCUGAGCAGCAGCAGAUCUACCGUGAAGAAAUUGCUCGUAUCUGGAAGGCACAAUUGGACUCGUUGGGCAACAAGGUGGAGCCCGUUCUCUCAGACCACGAAGGUGAAGAUGACGAUGAUCGUGAGGAUCAAGUCGACAGCCCCUCUGCCUCCGAAUUCGAUUGGGGGCAUCACCGCAACAGCCGUGGUAUGUCUCCCUCACCGGCAACACCCUCAUACGGUGGAAGAAGUAGAUAUGACCGAGCCAUCUCUGAAAUUGAUGAUGAUGACGUUUCCGUCACAGGCAGUAUGAGCUCAAACUAUCAUGUGAACAGUCAAAACAAAUAUCUAGUGAUUAAGCGACUCAUUACUCAAAAGAACGGAGAAAAGGUGUGGCAGCAAGAGGUGGUUCGUGACCCUGUUGUUAUGAAAUCCUAUUUGAGACAGCGUCAAAUGAUUGAAGAAGAAGCCACCAGUGCUGAGGCGCUGGAGCCAACAGAUGAUGAAGAAAAGAAUGCACGCAUGAAGAAGCGAAUUCAAGAUCAAUUAGCUAAACUCAAACGAAAUGCAGAAAGACGUAGACAACGCCAAUUGGCCAAGCAAGCCGCAUUAGCAGAGAAUCCAGUACUAGGUUUGAUUAGAGGCAAGCGUGAAGGUGCUAUGCGUCGCUGCGGUAAUUGCGGUCAAUUGGGUCAUAUGAAGACAAAUAAGAACUGUCCCAAGUUCUAUCUGAAUAAUGUCGAUAGUGUUGCCGCCGCUGGCACUGUUGGAGGAGCAGGAGAAGGUAGCACGCCAUCUAACUUACAGGAACCAGGCACACCUACUGGUGAUCUAAGCAUUUAA